ACUGUGUUCCAGGAGCUGUUCCUUGAGAGGGAUGAUGAGAUCUGGGAGGAACCCGAGUGAGGUUGUGGGGAGCCUGCGAGCUCCCUGGGAGAGGGAAAGAUAGAGGGAGAGGGGCUGAACCUCGGCAGCUUCUCCACCUCAGGACCCAGGCAGGCCCUGGCUUGAGUUGCUUUUCUUGGCAGAGCCACCUGCACUAUGGGAGCCUUCACCUGCCCAGCCCAGUGGGGAUGGUGGUGAGGGCAGGGGUGCUGAGGAGCCGGCUUUGCCUUUCCCCACAUUCUAGCCCCGCCAGCAGGCGAAGCAGGGAGAUGUCAGACUGCUACACGGAGCUGGAGAAGGCAGUCAUUGUCCUGGUGGAAAACUUCUACAAAUAUGUGUCUAAGUACAGCCUGGUCAAGAACAAGAUCAGCAAGAGCAGCUUCCGCGAGAUGCUCCAGAAAGAGCUGAACCACAUGCUGUCGGACACAGGGAACCGGAAGGCUGCAGAUAAGCUCAUCCAGAACCUGGAUGCCAAUCAUGAUGGGCGCAUCAGCUUCGACGAGUACUGGACCUUGAUAGGCGGCAUCACCGGCCCCAUCGCCAAACUCAUCCGUGAGCAGGAGCAGCAGAGCAGCAGCUAGAGACCCCUUUGGCCACACCUUCCAGGCACUGGCCUGAUGCCCCGCCCUGGUGCUCUCCCCAGGCUCCCUCCUCAGCCUCCUGCCCACCCAGGGCCCUUUACUCUCUUCUCCCUCCAGACUUUCCUCUGACCCUUGCUGAACUGGGGUCCCUUUGUGAGUGUCUCAGUCUAGGGGUACCUCCCUCCCUGAGGGGUCUCAGCCCCUGGAGUCAGCAGGCCCUUGGGGCCCCUCUGUGAGAUCUCAAUGCUGUCUGGGGACCCUAAGAGUUUUCUCACCUGUUCAGUCUCAUCUAACCUUCCAAUAUCUGAUGUUCUUGCCCAAUUCCUGCCUGAUUCUGGGUCCGUCCUGACCUCCAGAGGUCAGCUUGGUGCUUGAGGUCUCCCUGCUCUUGGUGGCAGCGGCAGCAGCAACAGCAGCAGCAGCAGCAGCAGCAGAGACCUCUUCACUUUCCCUUAGCCCCUCUGCUGAGUAGAGAGGCACUUUCAGGGAUUUCCCUCCAGCUGCCUCUUCAUCUGGGAAUGAGCUAAGCAAGGCUGAGCCUCCUCCUGUUGCUUGAAAUAAUGGUGAUAUAAAGGCUGGAUUUGGAGUUUGUAUCCCCUGGUCCCUCUGGGAUGCUCAUUAAAACCUUCCCACCCCUUGGAAA